AUUCAAAACUCAACAGAGGCACGCAUGUUUUACUCCCACUCCUAUUGCUCGUCGUGCUGCCCACCUAGCCAGGGUGAAUAUAAAGGAGAAGUUUAGACCGGAGACUUGAUUCUUCAUGCAAAGCUCCCGGCAUCUCUUUGUUUUUGUUUUUUUCUCCAUUUUCACUCUCGAGCCAUCCCAGCGUGGGAGUGAAAGUGUGUGAAAUCUGACAGGACUUUCAGAUCACUAAGCAGGAAAGUCUGGAUCAUGGGGGCUUUAAUGGUCAUCUUCUCUCUUCAGCCAAAACAAAGACGCAAGACAACAGACAGCGUUGAAGAUGAGCUUGAACUAUCUGCAGUCCGCCAUCGCCCUGAGGGCUUGGAGCAGCUUGAAGCCCAGACACGUUUCUCCCGCAAGGAGCUACAGAUCCUUUACCGCGGCUUCAAGAAUGAAUGCCCCAGUGGAGUCGUCAACGAAGAAACCUUUAAAGACAUCUACGCACAGUUCUUCCCACAAGGAGAUGCUUCAACAUAUGCACAUUUCCUGUUCAAUGCAUUUGACACAGAUCACAACGGCUCUGUGAGUUUUGAGGAUUUUGUUAUGGGCCUCUCGAUCCUUCUGCGAGGAACCGUCCAGGAAAAACUCAACUGGGCUUUCAACCUUUAUGAUAUCAAUAAAGACGGAUAUAUAACUAAAGAGGAAAUGCUGGACAUCAUGAAGGCCAUCUACGACAUGAUGGGAAAAUGCACAUACCCCGUCCUCAAAGAGGAGACGCCUCGUCAGCAUGUAGAAGUAUUCUUUCAGAAGAUGGAUAAGAAUAAAGAUGGAGUGGUUACCAUAGACGAGUUCAUCGACUGCUGCCAAAAUGAUGAAAACAUCAUGCGAUCAAUGCACCUCUUUGAAAAUGUUCUUUAACUUCGGGCCGAGUGUGGAGGCUUUGGAAAAGAACAUCAUCUUUAGCUUGGCCCAAUAACCGACUUGGAGUCAUGCUGUGUACAGUGUGCUAUGCAGACUUUUGCCCAUAGAUAAAUUAUUGUUCAUUACUGUGGGCCACAAGUAAGAGUAGGCAAUAUGGUGUGAACACUCUGGAAUCAGUUGCCUUUUCAAUGGUUUUUAUUGAAUAAGUUGGAGAAAUUUACAACAUUACAAUGAAUAGAAAGGAGAGAAAAAUAGUUUUUGCAGCUGUGGUUGAAUUUUCAAAAUGAAGACAUCUCAACUUAAGUGCUUAUUUCCACCAUCUGUCUCUGGAGUGUCUUUCUAUCUGAUCGACACUUUGUUCUGCAACCUGUGUUAGCCCUCCAACAUUAUAAACACACUGGGAAUAGGAGACUUCUGAUAAAAGGGUUUCCUCUUCCGCUGUUGCAGCCUUGAGUUGUUUUAUUUACUGCCAAGUGAAAUCACUGUGACUUUUUAGAGCAUCAAAAUAAUGAUAAAAAAAAAAAACCCUGAAUAAAAUAUUUGAGGUAACUUAAUAUUCGUCUCUGCUCUCAGCUCUUGAUUCCAGAGUGUUCUUACCCCGGCGUAGUUUACCAUUGUGGUCUGUCUUUUUGCUCUUUGAAGGAAGCAUUUAGAGAAAAAAAAAACACAUACACAUUGUACCAUUUUAAAUUGUAUAUACUAUAGAUAAAGCGAUAGAUAAAAACUCUAUGAGAAACUUUUCAACUUUGUUCAUGUUUACUUGCCAACUAGAAUGAGACAACACAAGGAUUGUAUUGAUGUCAAAUUUGGACCAUAAUAUCGAUGGUUUGUCUACAGAAGCACACAGGUAGCUAUAUUUACCAUGAGUAUAACAUUAGAUGAUAUCUUUGUCAUAAAAUAAAUGCUGCUUUCAGUGUAUUUCAUUUAACCCUAUGUAUGUAUAUUCCCUGUAAAGUAAACCAUCUAUCAAUGUUUUUAUUUAGUUUUUUAAGCACUGUUUAGUUUACACUAAGAGCAGUGUUUGAGGUUAUUUAUAUGAUAUUAUGGUCAUUGUACAAAAGAUUGUCAGUUGUACAGUAUUAAAAUGAAAAUUCGCUCUGGGGUGAAUUUCAGGUCUUUAGAUUUCGUCAUGUAAUUCACUGUUUUUUAAGGAUGGGCAGUGGGGUUUGCUUGUUGAUACAAACUUUGUAUGAUACUCCUGCUGUUCCUGCUGUUUCCCUCCUCCUCGUCCCAUGGGCUGAGGUUCAGCUGCCCACACCUAUUGAGCCUGAUCGGUUCCUGCUGGCUCUGAUUAAAGCAUUGAUUGGCCCCACAUGUGAGGAAAGGCAUGCUGGCUAGAAGUCUCACUUACUGACUGCCUCUCACUCGUUGGAAAACCACUGGAUCUCUGAGUGAAGUGUCUGGACAUUAUGUAAGUAAGUUAGUGAGUGUUUCAUGUGUGUUGGAUGUUGGAUACAGGAAGUAUCCAUCAAACCAGUCGCAAAACUGACAUACUUGACAAUUGGACAAUAUGCAGUGUGAAGAAUUUGACAGUUUAUUAUGUUUUUCAUUCAAAGUGUUCAUACAGCAUGUCACUACACUGUUUUACCAGAAUCUGCAGUCACAAACAUAAAAAAAAAUCUCCUCAGUGAGGCAUGUUGGUCAUCCAUUAAUUUAGUAAAAAAAAAAAAAAAAAAUGGCGCUUCUUCUCAGUUGUCUUUUUACUCAUGUCACUGAAGAUAAUGUGUAUAUUUCUCUCAAGAAAACAUCAAACCUGCCAUUUUUUCCCCCUUGAUUUGUGUUUGUGUGCCUUUAGUGUUUGUAAAACUGUACAUUGUUUGGUUUUUAUUCUCUGUAUGUUUAUGAAAAAGUAACUGCAUUAAUUGGGAAAACAAAUCCCUAUGACAUUACUCACAUUUCAACCCCCCCCCCGACGCAGAGACUUGCUACUUUCUGAAAAUAAUAAGGCAUUUUUUUACAUUUUUCUGUAAAUACUAUCCAAAUCUUCAAAGUUAGUGAGCUCUUAUAAGGAUGAGAAAAUAAAAUGUGCACCACAAACUUCCAAAUUUCUGUGACCUUAGAGGGAGAAUGUUUUGUCGUACUGUGAUGGUGACGGUAUUGACUUUCAGCGAACAAAUUCUGCUAUUGACGUCGAAAAACUUCACAAUGCGAACUGAAUGUUUCAAUAUGAAUAGGCGUAAUGAAGUGUGAAUCUGCUACUUUAGAUAUCACAAUACUACUAUUACCCAGCUGCUCUUUUUCCUUUGCUGUACAUUUCUGAUAAUGGUGCAUGUUAAAUUAGUUUGAAAUGUAAUGCAUAAUGAGAUUUGUCUAAAUGGUUGUUCAGACAGACCCACUAUAUACUAGAAAUGUUUUUUUAUUGAUCAAUUUGUGUUCAUCCAAGUCCAAAAUCAUUUCUUAUGCAGAAAAAGCAGAGCAUGUUGUGAAUCAAAAAGUAUAAGAACAGUUGUCUGGUGCCCCCUUGUGGUUACAAGAGCAUAAAACACACCAAACACAAACAUGCUUCUUGCCAUCUGGACUCGAUUAAAGAACAAAAAAAGAAAUUUAAUUCUACAUCCACAGAGGUUGUGAUCUAAUUUUGUGCACAUUUGCCGUUUAUGAAGUCAUUAAAGAGGAAAGUGCCUAUGCAAAAAAUAAUUUUAUUGUUGUUCAUUUAGGACGGGCUUCAUGUGCUUGAAUAAUUUGGCUUUUAGUGUAACUGUAGAUCAGUCAUCCAAAGUAGUAUCUUGUGCAAUAGAUUUCUCACUAAUGGGAGUAUGACCACCAAUCAGCAGUUUGUGGCUUGCUGAUGUAUAAUUGCAUCACUGUGGAUUUUAAGUUGAAUAUAUUUUCUUAUAGAGAGAUCAAAGGUUAUGUCUGUGUUGAUG